UCAGCUGGCAGUUGACCUCGGUCGCCGGUGGACGCAGGACCGCUCCUCUCGCCACUCACAACCGUGAAUACUAGCGCAGCAGGUCGUCGUGUCUUGUCGUUUUACAGGACUUUCAGAAUAAGAGAUGGCCGGUUGGUCGAGAUGGCUGCUGCUCGCCCUUGUCGCACAAGCGCUGGGCAGGGCGCACACCGCCAGGAUCCUGGGCGUGUAUCCCAUGCCCAGCAGAAGCCACCAUGCAGUGAUAAACUCACUGCUCAAGGAGUUGGCUGCGAGGGGCCACGAGGUCACCGUCAUAUCCAGCUUCCCUCCGGAGAAGCCACUCGCCAACUACACGCACGUCGACGUUGACGUCGACGUGAAGAAGUUGCUCGGGAAAAUAAAUACAUUUGAUUUUGGCAAGAUGAACUCCUUUUCAAAUGUGUUACAAAUUGUUGCGUUCGGGGAGGUUCUUUCUAAAUAUACGUUUGAAAACGAGAAAGUACAAGAAAUAAUAAAAUCAAAGAAGUACCAGUUUGAUGUUGUCAUAUUAGAAGAUUUCGGCAAUGAAGCAUUAGCUGGAAUAGCCCAUGUAUUUAAUGCACCACUAAUUUACUUCAGUUCUGCUGUUGGUUUUGUUUGGACGAAUGACUUCAUUGGGAAUCCUGGCUGCUACGCAUACAUUCCAAACAUAUUCUCGGGCUAUAGUGAUCACAUGACAUUCACAGAGAGAGUACACAACACUCUCCAUAAUCUGUUCUCAGAACUGUAUUAUCAUCUAAUUUUCAUUCCUAAACAAGAUUAUUUGAUGAGAAAAUAUUUGCAAGAAAUUGUUGACCUGCCACACCUAUCUGAAAUAAAUACAAAAACAUCUCUCGUCCUUGCGAAUGCAUUGCCAGGCAUAAAUUACCUACAGCCUGUGUUACCAAAUUACAUUCAAGUUGGAGGAAUUCAUAUAUCGCCUCCAAAACAGCUGCCACAGGACCUACAAGCAUUUCUGGACAAUGCCAGCGAAGGUGUGAUAUACUUCAGCAUGGGGUCCUUUCUUAAGAGUGCAGAUUUUCCUAAACACAUACAAGAAUCCUUCUUAAAGGCAUUUGGUAAACUGAAGCAGAAAGUGCUAUGGAAAUUUGAGGUCAACAAUUUGCCAGGGCAGCCAAGUAAUGUUGUCAUUAAAAAUUGGUUUCCACAAAAUGAUAUUUUAGCUCACCCUAACACGAAGCUCUUCAUCACUCACGGUGGUCUCCUGAGCAAUCAGGAAGCUGUGUAUCAUGGAAAGACUCUGUUGGGAAUUCCCAUUCUUGGUGACCAAAGACUCAAUAUGAGGAACACCGUUAGGCUGGGUUAUGGUCUCAUUCUGGAGAUGUCCAACAUUACGGAUACAUCCGUGGAAUGGGCUCUAAAUGAAGCUCUGAAUAAUCCACGGUGAGUGCAGUAAAUUAAAAUAAAAUUGUAGCUUUCAAUUAUGGUUUCACUGCUGUUUAAUUUCAUUAAAGCAUGGUUACAUAUAUUACUGACAACCAAAAUAUAGUGUCUAUAUAUUAUAUUUAUCAUAAAUAAUAUUGUUCUAUUUGAAGUGUCGUGAUAAGGGUUUUCAGAGGGUCUUUAAGGUGAUGAGAGAUAGUGGGAGGACACGUGGACCCGGCUGAGACCCGCCUCAGAGCGUGACGUCACCCGUGUGAGGCAAGAUUCGACCCUCAGUUGCUACACGUAAUUCGCUCAGACCUGGCCCGCUCUCAGCGUCGGGCACGCUUAUACUUUAUGAAUCGUGGGCUCCCAAGGCGUCCCACACGCCUGCUCACAGUGGAUAGGUCACCACGUGGUCGGUAAAAGAAAAGAAGAAACGCUUUUUCAUACUUAAGGUAUUUAAUGUAUUCACGCGCUCCCAUACACGGCUUCGAGAUGAUACAGUUUAAAGGCCCAGGAGACUCAAUCGAUUCAGGGUAGUGAGACCCACGCAAAUGCCCGCGCAAAACAAUUACGUAGUAUGUGAUAAAAAAAGAGUCUCGUUAAGAGCUGAGAAAGAUAAUAAAACAGUCCAUCGACCGAGUCAAGUCUCGGGGAUAACGCGAAAGUGAUUGAUAAUUGAUUACAGACAAAGUAGAACUAUGGAUCAGAGUAAGAAGGGUGAAGUCCCCUGGGUACGGAGGGCUGUCUUACCUCGGUCGUUGGCGGUGGAGAACUGGCUGAGUGUACACUAAACGGGACGGACGCUGACCAGGCUCCUAAGACACAGGCCCGGUUGACAUCAGUAGUUACACAAUAAUAUAUAAAUAGAUAGUAUUGCCGGUAUAGCACUUAAAAAAAUAAAAAUAUAUUAAGGGGAAAAAUUGGUCCAAACCUUUUUAUUUCCCAAAUGAAGUUUAUUGGCGUUUUUAACUAGAAUUGCAAGUCAACUCCUUAUUAAAUAUCUUGCACAGCAUCAAAUUUAAAUGUAUGGAUAUUUUAUGUUAUGUUGUCUCUGCUGGAAAGUUACCCACUAUCCAGCUUGGAGUUAAUCACGAGAUUCUUCCAGUCUCAGUGUCGAAGCAUGCUUGUGUUUGUAAUACAAUUUUUUUUUUCAGCUAUGCGAAAAGAGCGAAAAUGGUUUCAAGAAUAUUCCGGGAUCAACCUCAGACUUCGAAGGACAAAGCUGUGUUUUGGACAGAAUAUGUUAUUAGGCACAAAGGGGCACCACACCUACGUUCGGCUGCCUUAGACCUCGCGUGGUACCAGUACCUGCUUCUGGAUGUCGUAGCUGUCAUUUUGCUUGUUAUUUUCACAUUUAUUUCUAUUGUUAUAUUUUCAUGCAGAAAACUGUUUGGUAGUAAAAGGAGUAAGCCUGUAAGUCUUAAGAAGAAAAUUAAGUGAUAAAGACUUCAAACUGUAGUCUUAUAUCAGUUUUUGUUUUACUUUUGAAAUUUUUGAACUGUUAUCUUAAUAUAAGUUAAAUUUAUCAUAACAGAACUAUAAAAUAAAAAAGAUCAAAA